UUACUUUUUGGCGUAAAUGGGGGGUUAUAUAAAUCUUUACUAAAUUUGGAAUUUUACUAUUUCUCCGGUUUUUCCGGAUUUUCAUAAAGACAACAAAAAACCUAUAUAUAAAAAAACCUAUAUAUAUAAAUACACGUACAAGUAAAAAAAACUUUACUUUUCUUCUCGGAUUUUCGUAAAUAUAUAAUUUUACGCACAAGUAAAAAGUAAAAACUUUACGAAAACCUAUAAUACAAUUACUCUUCCUCCUCCUUGGGCGACAAUUACUUUUCUUCCUUCUCGGACGAAAAUCUAUUUCUCGGACGAAAAUACUUUUCUUCUUUCUCGGACGAACUCACCAAAAAAAAUGGAUAUUUAUUCAAUUUUGGAUCCAAGAUAUGCAGAAUGUCAUGAUAUUAUUACAAAUUAUUUACAAGAUGAUUUAAAUACUUUAUAUUCAUGCAUUUUAGUAAAUCGAAGAUUUUGUCGUAUAUUUAUUCCAAUACUUUGGAAAAAUCCUUUUAAAUUUAUUAAAAGUCAAGAAAAAUUACUUGAAUUUUUUAAUACAAUAAUUCAUUGUCUUGAAAUUAAUGAUAAACAAUUAUUAAUAAAAGAGAAAUUAAUUAAAAUACAAGAUCUACCAACAACAACUAAAGCAUAUUUUGAAUAUAAUAAAUUUAUUAAAGAAUUUGAAUUAAAUCCAAUACAAAAAGGAAUGAGACUUUGGAUAACAAAAUAUAUAACAAAAACAACAAUUGAUGGAAAAGCUAGUACAAGAAGGAUAAAAAAUAGUGUAACGAUAAUUAAUAAAUAUAUUGGAAAAUUAUUUUUUAAUAAUGAAAAAAAUGAGAAUCAAUAUGAAACAAUUAAUAUUCAUUAUACAGAUUUAUUAAGUGGACCAAAUACUUUAUUUAAUAUAUAUGAAUUAAAUAAUUAUGAUUUUUUUCAUAAAAAUAUCACCACGACAAAUUUAUUAUCAAUUAUGAUAAGGAAUUUUUUAUUAAUUCAAAAUAUUUUAUCACCAAAUAUUCAACAUUUACAAAUUUCUAUUGAUACAACAAAACAACAUUCAGAAUUUACUUUAAGUUUAAUUAAAUUUAUUAAAUUACAAAAUAAUUUAAAAUCUUUAUUAAUUUCACCAUUUUGUAAAAAAGGUGAUUUUAAUUCAUAUUUUAUUCCUUUUCUUGAUUCUUUAAAAGUUCAUUCAAAUUCUUUAACAUUUUUAAAAUUAAAAUAUUUUUCAAUCCCCGUUAGUCGAUUAUUAUUAAUAUUAAAAUUAUUACCAAAUUUAAUUACUUUGGAAAUUGAUCUUAUGUUUGAAAGAAGUUCCAAUAAUAAUAUUGAUAUUUCACGUGAUAUUUUGAAUCUUUCAACUUUACUUUUUAAAAAAUUCAAACAUUUAGAUUAUUUUUAUCGUGAUAUAUUAAAUUUAAAUCUUCAAACUGAUUCUACUUGUUCCCUUUUUAAACAAAUCCUUUUAUCUUCAAGUGAUAAUUUAAAAUCUCUUAAAAUUAGGGAUAUUUAUUGUUCUUUUAUUAAGGAAGUACAACAAUUAUGUAAUUUAAAUUUAACUCAUUUUCAUUUGAUUAUUACAAAAGAACUUAAAUUAGUGGAUUUAAUGAUUAUGUUAAAAAAUUUCCAUCUUUUGGUUCAUUUAAAAUUAUCCUCCACUUUUUCAUCACAACAAUUGAAAAGAUUAUCUAUUACUUCGUCUUCUUUAAGAUUAUCUAUUAAUUCGUCCCCUUUAAAUAAUGAUCAUCAGUCUGAGAAUAUAUUUAAAUUAUUCUCUCAAUCCUUUCCUCCUUCUUUAAAAAUUCUUGAAAUCGAUUUUCUUAUUUCUGAAAAUUAUUUACAAAUUUUACUUUUUGAAUCUAAAUUUAAUCUUCAAUGUCUUAAAUUGUAUGGUUGUUAUACGUUAGAGAAUACUUUAUUAAGAAGUUUUAUUAAUUACCAAAAAAGAAAUAAUUGUUUUAAAGAAUUAGGUAUUGAUCAUUAUUUACUACUUAACUUAUCUGAAAGGUCAUUGAAAGAAGCACAAAAUUAUUUUAGAAUAACAAAGAAUACAAGUAUAGAUGUUCCCUUUUAUGAUAUACCAAUUAAAAAUUCUCCUUGGAGUGGUUGUUGUAACGAAAGAAAAACCACGGAUUAUUAAUGAAAUUAUCAAUAACGCUUCUAAAUUCUUUUUUUAAAGAUAGUAAAGAUAGUUUAUAUGUUAUUAUUUUUUUUUCAUAGUAUUUUUUUUUUUAAGAAAUAAAAUUCAUUAGUUAUUACUACUUUUAUACUUUAUGUAAUCUAGUUGACUUAAAUUCGUAUAAUU